AUGUGGACACCAGUGGUUGUCCCCUUUCAGAACUCCCAGCCUCUGCCUACUCUACCGACAACAGAUGAAAUCCGCGCUUGCACCAAUGUCCUGUGGGAGACCAUGGCCUCCAAGGUUGUGGCGCUGAACGACGACAUUGUUGAAGGCCAGGCGUUGGUUUACCUUGAACGACACGUCCCGGAAGUUCCGGCCCCUCGACUGUACGCGAUGUACCAUGAUUCCGAACAACUUUUCUUAAUCAUGCAACGCAACCCCCGGGUGCAGCUGGAUUCCAUUUGGCCAUCAUUGGCGCCAUCUGAGAAGGAUGACAUUAUCGCCAAACUUCAACGAAUAUUCGACGCAAUCCAACAUGGCGAUGGGAAAUCUCUAGGCCCCUUCUCCGGCGAACCUGCCUUCGUUGCGGGCCUUGUCGGUAAUUAUAGAGCCUUGACUACAAGGCUCGCUUUUACGAAAAAAUACCUCGCUCGCGUCCUUCAAGGUCACCGGCCCACAUUGACGCAUGGGGGCGUUCAGCAGAAGAACAUUAUGGUCGUGGAGAAUACAAGUCGCCCAAACGAUCAAGGUGGGCGAUCAUUUGACGUCGUCCUGGUCGAUUGGGAAAAUUCCGGUUGGUUUCCUGACUUCUGGGAAUUCUUUUGUGCAUCUUACCCCAUGAUUUUCCAGUGGGAUGAAGAUUGGUCCUGGCGAGUUCAAGAGUUUGUUGAAGUAUGGCCCGCCGAGAUGGCCAUGAUGCAACUGAUUGACAAGGAGCUAGGCUGGUGA